CAGACAUACCGACGUACAGACAUACAAUACGUUUUAUAAUUACAAUUGACACAAAAUAACAUCAUUACACGAUGUCUAGAGACGAAGCUUCUAUGCAGAUAUUGAGGAAGGUGGUUAUUGAUGGAUUACUUAUGUGUGGACUUGUGUUAUGCAUCAUGGCUUCCCGGGAGUUUUUGGAGCCAUUCCAACGUGGAUUCUUCUGCUUGGACGAGUCACUGAUGUUCCCAUACAAAGGAGACACGGUCACCACACCCACGCUGCGGCUUGUUGGACUACUUCUACCAUCUGUCGCUUUCCUGAUCUGUGAAUGGGCACUCUUGCGCAAGGAACACGACGACCAGCGCUGUUUGGGAGUGCGUAUUCCCGCUUGGCUUCGCGGCUUCUACUGCACUAUUGCUUCCUUCGGCCUCGGUUACUGCUUCGUAGAACUUGCCACUGACAUCGCUAAGAUCACGAUUGGAAGGCCGAGGCCGCAUUUCUUUGAUGUAUGCCAGCCAUCCAUAGACUGUCAAUCAGCGGAAUGGCAAAACCGAUACAUACAGUCGCAUGAGUACACCUGCACUGGCCCCAUGGCGCAUAAGUUCAGAGAAAUGCGCCUUUCUUUCCUUAGCGGCCACUCUGCUGUGGCGGCGUACACCAUGGUGUACUUUGCUUUGUAUCUAGAGAAACGCAUGGUGUGGAAAACAACACGUAUUCUAAGACACAUCCUGCAGUUCGUGGCGCUGAUGCUGAGCUGGUUCACCGCAUUGUCAAGAGUAUCAGACUUCAAACACCACUGGAGUGAUGUUCUCGCCGGUUACUCUCUGGGACUUAGCAUUGCCAUUGUCGUGGUGAGUUUUUUUUUAAUCUUUAAUGCCAUUCAAUAUCUUUUUUAUCUUCAUGUUUUGUUUGCUUAGGUUAGGCUUUUCUUUU